CAUCUCAUCGACUCUGGGUCUAGCUCGGUUUGAAACUCUAGCAUCGACUCCGUGUUACCCCCGAAAUUAUUUGCGAUGAGCCAUAUCACCUUCUCGUCUCAUAAAAGCUCCCUUGCUUGCGUGUUUGCUGACACGAGCCUCGUCAUGCCACACGCCCCAUUGUUGCCCUCAUUCUCCUCCAGCCUUUCGUACUCUGUUUGCUGGUCGGACAUCGGACAUACCUUUCCAUCCUCUACUGCUUUACUCUGUUUUUCGUGGCUCUUGGCUCCUCGAUUGUGCUAUACCGUUUGUCGCCAUGGCAUCCACUCGCCGCUUUCCCUGGACCGACGUUCGGAAAGUCCACCAAGCUGUGGGGGGCAUGGGUCGCAUGGAGAGGGAAGCAACAUCUCUAUUUGAGGGCGAUGCAUGACCGGUACGGUCUCUACGUAAGGACGGGUGCGUGUUCUCGUGCAACAGCUUGCGCACGGUCUUUAUCGUAGACAGGCCCCAACGAGCUAUCCAUCGCCGAUGCCUCCGUUACGGAUCGUGUUAUCGGGUUCAAGGGGCUCCCCAAAGGCCGCUGUGCGUGUCUCGCAUCCGUCUGUCCGUCCACCACUCAGCCCCCGCAGUUUACGAAACCGGCCGCAAUCCCCCGCACCUUUUCAAUCUCACGGGCGAAGCGCACACCGCGAAACGCCAGAUGUGGAACCGUGCCAUGAUGAGCGUCGAAGCAUUCCAGAACUUCGAGUCAUUUAUCGGGAGAAGAGCGACCAAUCUGGUCGGCGUGCUGGGGAGGUUGUAUGAACGCGAGGGGGGAGAAGUGGACCUCGUG